GUUGACAUUGCAGAGGAGGAGGAGAGCAGGAGGACUGUUACCAAACCUGAGCUUCAUCUUCAGGGUUUGAUCCAGCAGCAGCAGCAGCAGCUCGGUCACACCGGGCAGUCAUGUACCGGCGGCCGCUGCAGUCCGCCGUCAGGAGCGCCAUCCACGCGACCAGAGCCGCACGAGGACAGGUUUCAGACCAAGAAGCCGGUUUCAUCAGAGCUUUAGCAGCUUGCCAACUGGCCACAGCGUCCUCUCCCAGUUUAACACCAUGUCGGACGAUGCACAUCUCCACACAGCUCCGCAACGUGAAGGAGACGCAGCAGCACACGGAGGAAGAAGUCGGAGCCUUCACGAAGCUCAUCGAGGCCAUGGGCUUCACCGGACCGCUCAAAUACAACAAAUGGAAAAUCAAGAUAGCUGCUUUGCGGAUGUACACGUGCUGCGUAGAGAGAAUCAAUUACGACGAGUUCUUUGAAAAGUGCACUCUACCCGACACACUCAACUCCUGGUUCCUGGUAGCACAGCUGCACGUAUGGAUGUGUUUGGUGCGGAUGCGUCAGGAGGGCAGAGAAGGAAAGUACAUGUGCCGUUACAUCGUCCACUCCAUGUGGGAGGAUGUAGAGCAGAGGAGCAAAAUCAUGGGGAUCGAUGCCACGCAUAGAAAGGAAGGAAUGAAAGCCAUGACGGAGACUUUCUAUGCUGCUAUAUUUGGAUACGAUGAGGGGAUCCUGGCUGAUGACACUGUGCUGGCAGCAGCUCUUUGGAGAAACCUGUUCAACUAUCAGUGUGAUGACCCCAAACAGCUGGAGGACAUGGUGGAGUACGUUCGCAAGCAGAUGCAGUACAUCGACGCUCUGGACGGAGAGGACCUGAUGCUGACAGGCGAGGUGAAGUGGCGCCCUCUGGUGGAGGAGAACGCACAGAGCAUCCUGAAGGUGGCCACACCCACAUACAACGACACCGGACUGUGAGACGAAGACAACCAACGUCCUCUUCUUUCUGUCCUUCUCUAUCACCUCUUUAUUUCCUUUUUUUUUCUCCUUCUCAGUCCCCUCCUCCUCCUCCUCCCUCCUUUUUUCUCCUUCUUAUAAUCAUGUACUCAGAUGGAGCACAUUUCUCUCCUCCUCCCUACGUAUAAAGUGGGAUUUUAAAUGCUGUCUUUAUAUCUCUUUUCUCCUCUUGUUCUCCCUCCUCCUCUCCCAGAUGAUUUGUCCACCGUCUGUUUCUGAGGAGACAGUUUAGUCAGGAUAGAGGUUCAGGAUUAUUUUUGCAGCCUGAUUUUCACACAUAAAACCCAACAAACCAGUUUAAAGACUGGAGACGCCAUUUAUCGUCAUCCUGUCGGGUUUGAGAGCCUCCACCGCUUCCUCUCCGCAAACCGCCGAGCGUAAAAAAACACAGAAGAAGAGAAAGAACAAGACGCUCUGUAUUUAUAUUUUUCUUGUUUUCUUUUUCAGUGAACGCCGCUCUGUAUUUAUAUUGUAUAACUCCAUGUCUACACUCUUCUCCUGCAGAGGGGUUCAGCUCAGACUUCUGUCACCGCUCCUUCACUGUGCGUUUAAAUAAAGUUUCAGUCUGAAGAGGUGACGUGAAAAUGUAAUAAAGGUGUUUCAGGAAACGAAUGUGAGCUUUCAGAGGUUUGUAGUUGGACUCCUCUGCUGCUGAAUAUCUACAGUCUGUUUUAAAAUCCCACGACGCUCUCAGACCCGCACAGGAAGCUGGACGACGUCACUGUAUUAAAAACAAUGAGAUUUGUUUUUUGUUUUUAAAAAGUGAAUUAAUAAAAUGUUCUCUGGAUGUAAAAAACCAACAAC